AUAAUUUAGAUGAACAAAACAAAGAAGCAAAUUUUAAUAAUAAUAAUAAAAAUGAAUUAAAAUCUAAUGAAUUUGAAGAUGAUGAUGAUAUGAAUAAUGAUAACAAUGUUAAUAUAGAAGAGCAGUUUCAAAAUCAAAUAAACCAAUUUUUAAAAAUAGAUAAUGUUGAUAAUUUUAAUAUAGAUGAUAUAAACAUUGAUAGUGGUUCUGACAGUAGUUCUGAUAAUAGUUUUGACAGUGAUUCUGGUGGCUCUAGUGGUAAUUUUGAUGGUAACUCUAGUGAUAACUCUGGUAGUAGAUUAGGUAGUAAUCCUAAUAUUGAUUCUAAUAAUAAUAAACCUAUAAAAAAUAUACAAGCAUUUAUUGAUAUAAUUGAAAAUAAAUUAAAAUUUGAAAAUAAAUACUUAACUUUAGGAUAUAAAAUUUGA